CUCAAUCUCUUCUCUAUUGUCCUAUAUAUAGAAACAAGUCAUACACGCAUCAUUUAAUGUAAGCACUUGAAAUACAAGGAAGAUCAAGAAAUGGGGAAUUUUCUUAGGAGAAGCUGCGCUGUACACCCGGCUUCUGGCGACGGAGGAAGAGGAAGACACGUGGAGGAGUCGCCGCAACAACGUAGAAGCACUGUACGGGUUAAAGCGAGGAUGAGAAGAGAUCAACUGGAAGAGCUUAUGUCUUUGGCACAUCGUGGUGAUCAAUCAAACGACGGUGGUAAGAUUGGUUUCUUGAUUCUUAAAGAAUGUAUGGAAGGUCGCUUGCCAGCAAGGGUUCUUGGCUCCAGUGACGAUGUUCCGUCGCAACGGCGUGGAAAUUACUUAGUGUCUCGAAGAUUGGGUUCCAUCACUGAGGAAUAAUAUAAUAUAUGUGUCUUCUAUUCUGUAAAAGUUUAGAUAAACGACACUUUGAUAACGUUUCUAGAUCAUUUUCAAUAUUUGUUUUUCUUUUGUUGGUUAAAGCAUAUUAUCUCAUGCACAAAACUUAGGCUAA